GCGGCUCCGCCCUGCCUCCCUCGGGCCGGGCGGGGAAGAUGGCGGCGGGGACGGGCAAGCACAAGCUGCUGAGCGCCGGUCCCACGGAGCCCUGGUCCAUCCGCGAGAAGCUCUGCCUGGCCUCGUCCGUCAUGCGGAGCGGGGACCAGAACUGGGUCUCAGUCAGCAGAGCUAUCAAACCUUUUGCAGAGCCAGGACGCCCACCUGACUGGUUUUCCCAAAAGCACUGUGCAUCUCAGUAUUCAGAGCUCUUGGAGACUACGGAGACCCCUAAGAGAAAACGUGGUGAGAAGGGAGAAGUUGUGGAAACUGUGGAGGAUGUUAUUGUACGGAAACUGACUGCAGAACGAGUUGAGGAGUUGAAGAAAAUGAUUAAAGAAACGCAGGAGAAAUACAGGCAACUCAAGAAGGAUGCAGAGCUGAUCCAGGCUGGACACAUGGAUAACAGACUGGAGGAGCUGUGCAAUGAGAUUAUGAUAAAGAAAAAAAUGGAGGAGGAGGAGGCAGAAGUGAAGAGGAAGGCUACAGAUGCUGCUUAUCAGGCUCGUCAGGCCAUUAAGAAUCCACCACGACGAUUAACGGGUGUGAUGGUUCGCUCCCCUGCAGGCUCCACCUCCCCAGGGGGAGACUAUGCUCUGGGAGAUCUGUCUCAGCCGGCUGUGGAUGAGGCCAGUCCAGGGGUCACUCCAGGGACAUUGCCCAGCACCCCAGUUGCCUCCUUCAUUGGAAUCCCUGACACCCCUCCAGGCUCUGCUCCCCUGGAUGCCCCCAUGACCCCUGUCACUGAUGAUUCACCCCAGAAAAAGAUGCUAGGACAAAAAGCAACUCCGCCUCCUUCCCCUCUGCUCUCAGAGCUGCUGAAGAAGGGCAGUCUCCUGCCCACAAGCCCCAGGCUGGUUGGUGAAAAUGAAAUGGCAGUGGCUUCUGGUCACAUGAACAGCUCAGGAGUCCUGCUGGAGGUAGGAAGCGUCCUUCCAGUGCUGCACAGCGGGGAAAUGCAGUCGGCACCUGGUGCUGUCCCUGCAUCUCCUGCUGCUUCAGGUGCUCCUACGCUUUCCCGGCUUUUAGAAGCUGGUCCUGCACAGUUCACCUCACCUCUUGCUUCCUUCUCCGCUGUUGCCAGCGAACCUCCAGCUAAGCUCCUGCCACCCCCCGUAGAGCCUGUGUCUCAGGCAACCAUUGUCAUGAUGCCCACGCUGUCAGCACCAUCCGUUGUGCCACCAGCUGCAGCUCCAGAAAGCGUAGCCACAGUGAGCCAACCAGAAGCCUGUGUUUCCAUGGAGGCAGUGUCUGAUUCCCAUACUGUGACAGUGUCCAUGGACAGCAGUGAAAUAUCCAUGAUCAUUGAUUCCAUCAAGAAAGAGUGCCUGGGUUCUGGGGCUGGCAGCGCUGCAGGGUCUUCCAAAGAUCACUGCAUGGAUGGGAAAGAAGACCUGGAUUUGGCUGAGAAAAUGGAUAUUGCAGUGUCCUAUACGGGGGAAGAGCUGGACUUCGAUACUGUUGGAAAUAUUAUAGCCAUCAUUGAGGACAAGGUAGACGAUCACCCCGAAGUCCUGGAUGCAGCAGUUGUUGAAGCUGCUCUGUCUUCUUUCUGCGAAGAUACCGAUGACCCUCAGACCCUGCCUGGCCCGUGGGAACACUCAAUUCGUCAGGAGCAUGAGAAACAGGCCCAGAUACCCCAAGUGUCUGUGACUGUGAAGCAGGAGAGACUGGAGUGUGAGGAGCCAGAGGCAAAGGGAAUUCGAGACCUAAUGGGCAUUGGCGAGCUGGGAUCAGAAAUAAAGACAGAACCUGCAGAGCAGGAGCAGAAUCAGCUGGGCCCUGAGGAAACCAUACCAGCAACUGCAAGAGUGACGGAAACACCAGAGCUUAGAAGUCAAGAGGUAGAAGAGGAUCAAAGAGCAGCUGUAGCAGCAGGAGAGACUUCUGAAAUUGAGAUAGAAUCGGCCAAGGGAGAAGACGCAGUGCACAAUACAGUGAAGACAGAGACCCCACCUGAUGAUGAUUCAUCCCCUCCACAAGUCCCAAAUGUGAGUGAAGACUCCUCACAGGCUGAUGUUCAGCACAAAUUUGAGCUGUCAGACUCAAUGAAGGAGGAGGCCCAAGCCCUGUUUAGGAGUCAGAUGAAGGAUGGGCAGGGUGAAGAGGACGAUGAGGAUGGUGCCAGUGAGGCUGCCAGUUUGGAGGAACCCAAAGAAGAAGAUCAGGGUGAGGGAUAUCUAUCAGAGAUGGAUAACGAACCUCCUGUGAGUGAGAGCGAUGAUGGCUUCAGUGUCCAUAAUGCACCUUUACAGUCUCACACGCUAGCCGACUCCAUCCCCAGCAGCCCAGCCUCCUCGCAGUUCUCAGUGUGCAGCGAGGACCAGGAAGCAAUACAGGCCCAGAAGAUCUGGAAGAAAGCCAUCAUGCUAGUUUGGAGAGCCGCAGCUAAUCACAGGUAUGCCAAUGUCUUCCUGCAGCCUGUAACUGAUGAUAUAGCACCAGGCUACCACAGUAUUGUGCAGAGGCCAAUGGAUUUAUCUACCAUCAAAAAGAACAUUGAGAAUGGGCUGAUACGAACCACAGCUGAGUUCCAGCGUGAUAUUAUGCUGAUGUUUCAAAAUGCGGUUAUGUACAACAGCUCUGACCACGAUGUGUACCACAUGGCUGUGGAGAUGCAGCGAGAUGUCUUGGAGCAGAUCCAGCAAUUUCUGGCCACACAACUGAUCAUGCAAACAUCGGAGUCAGGGAUCAGUGCAAAGAGCCUGCGUGGGCGAGACUCCACUCGCAAGCAAGAUGCUUCAGAGAAGGACAGUGUCCCAAUGGGCUCUCCUGCCUUCCUUCUCUCUCUCUUUACAGAGGAGUACUCCGGGAGAGUCAGCAUGUCAGCCAGAGGGAGAGGGCAGCGGAUCAAAGGAAGCUCUCAGCUCGCCUUCUACUCAUGGAAAGGAGCUGUGCGGAGAAACUAGGGAGCUAGUGCCAGGGUCACUCAACCGGAGGAGCACUUCCCGUAGGGAUCAGCAGCUGAUAAGGUAGGUUAGUCAGCAGUUUCCUCUUCCCAUCUUAAGAGCCAAGCUAGAAUCUGCUGCUUAGGAGAAAGCCUGCACUGUACAGGCUCCAAAAGCAUCUGUCUGGGUGAGAGCCUUGUUGCCUCUCUCUGCCCUGGCUGCCAGCAGUGCACAGAGAUGCUGCAAAUCCCAGCACCCCUGCUGUGUCCAGAGUGAAUUUUGGGUAGGUCUGCAGGCAGGCCUCCCCCAGCCUUCUUAGGAGAGCUUCCCUUUCUCCUGUUCGGAAGGCAUGAAAAGUUGUUACCAGAUGCACAAUUCCUUACCUCCCCGAGUGCUGGAGGAAGUGUUUUGCGUUUAGGGUUGCAUAACUCUCUCUUUUUGUU